CAUGACCCUUCAACAGAACUUAAAUUUGUUUUCCUCCUUUGUGAGCAACUGGGGCUUCACCAGGUCACGAGAUAUCAAGCUGUGGAGAUACUGGAAAGGUUUAUGAUUCGCUACAUUGAAAAACUCUAUUCAGCUAGAUGCACAGGUUCUGUGAAAAAUGCAGAAAAAUACGGCUGGGGACUAUUGCAAGUUAGAAUCCAAGAUCACUUUGUGCUACGUAUUAUGUCUUGUGUUCAAAUAGCAAGCAAGAUCUCAUUCCAUUACCAGAUUGUUAAUAUUACUAUGGCCCUGAAAUUUCUCCAGUCUCUUGGUUACUCAUAUAAGAGAGAAGAUUUUCUGGAUUCAGAACUGCUUGUCCUUGAAACUCUGAGUUUUCAAGUCAAUGUCCCUUCUCCUUUCACUCACACUGAAAUAUUAUUAGAAGUCAUGGGGUACAAUGAUCCAUCAGUUCCAGUUAAAAACCUACAUUGUAUUUCCCUGAAGGUGCUGAAAUUUGUUUACCUCAUGAGAAACACCAUUUAUGAAAACUUACUAAAAAUUACUAUUGAAAAUUCUACACCUAGUGAACUCCAAAGGGCAAAGUUUUUGUCUGUAAAGGAAGAUUGCAUGCUUCUCGCUGUUGGGGUCAUUGGAACAAGUGCAAUUAUACUGAACUAUACACCCUGGUUCAAGGUUGUACAGCAGCUGGCCUCAAUUAGUGGUGUAACAGAAGAAAGCAUUUCUGAGUUUUCUCAAGUCAUACUAAAACACAUUUUUCCAGGAGCAAAUCAUGAAAUAAGUUCCAAUGUUAAUAGAUACAGUAUUUUGUCAGUACAUUAA